GUCACGCCUCUGCCAGUCAGUGUGUUUUACGGUGCCACCAAGCGAACACUUCUUCUCUUCACAGCCUUGCAAAGUUGAAGUGUACGCCGUCCCAACAUGCAUCUCAGACUCCUGACAGCGGCGCUGCUGGUGGCUGCCGUGGCCGCCUACCCAAGCCUCUGGGAACUAGACGCCUUUGACGAUGACCUCGAGGACUUCCCUGUCGGCCCGAAGGAGAAGAGAAGUUCGGAGCCACGAGGGAAACCGGUGAACGAGUCCAGCUCGAGCUCGAGCAGCGAGAGCGACAGCGAGGAGGACCGCCCCGCGAAGAGAGUGGAGAGGAGUCCAGCGGAGGAAUCCGAGGAGAAGAAGGAAGACGAGAAGAAGGAAGACGAGAAGAAGGAAGACGAGAAGAAGGAAGGCGAGGAGGGGGACUCGAAGGAAGAUGAGAAACCCGACGAGGACAAGAAGGCCGGGAACGCCACCGACGACGGCGCGGAGGCCAACGCGACGACCACCGCGCAGCCGCCCUCGAGGAGGAGGAAGAGGGAGGCCACCACGGACGCGCCCGAGGAAGCCACCGCCUCAGGGAACGAGACGGCGGCCGGGAAGGACGACGCCAACAACGGCACCGCCUCCGAUGCCGGCGACAAGGAGGACGGGAAGAAGGACGGAGACGAGAAGAAAGAGGGAGAUGACAAGGAGAAAGACGGGGACGGGAAGGAAGAGGAUAAGAAAGAUGGGGAGGAGAAGAAAGAAGGAGAGGAGAAGAAAGAGGGAGAUGAAAAGGAAGACGAGAAGAAAGAGGGAGAUAAGGAAGAGGAGAAGAAAGAUUA